UUGAUGGCCCCUUCUUUCCACUGGGAUCUCACUCUUAGGGAUCUUUCAUUUAGGUCAUUUUAUUUUUUUUGCCAGAGUAUUUGGUUUUCCAUGCCUGAAAUACUCUCAUAGGCUUUUUAGCCAGAUCCGAAUGCCUGAAGGGUUGAUUCUGAGGCCAUAGUGCUGUUUAUGACAUCUGCCAUUCUAUGAGUCUGCUGUGUAUCCUGCUUCUCUUGUUGGAUCAUCUCUCAAAGAAACUGGAAAAAUGAAGUCAGAUGUGAGAGCCAAGAAGCAAGCUGCCAAUGCUUGGACUAACCACAAGAGGGCGCAUCUUUCUUCAGAUAAGGGUUAUUUUCCAGAUGACUUACGUGGUUUGACAGGUGCAUAUUUGGUUCACUCUUCAUUGUUUCAAUUGCUGCAGGGCAGGGAGGCUGUCUUUCCAAGGAACAAGGAUUUUCCAGGAGUUCCUACCCAGAAUCCAGGUUCUAGAGCUGGAACAUCACCCUGACAUCUUUCCUCCAGCUCACCAGCCAUGUUCUCUGCGUCUUGCUCAGUGACUGUGGUGGUCCUGCUGAUAACUGUGCGACGGACGAAUGGAGCCUCAGUGACCCAGACAGAGGGACCCGUUAUCCUCUCCGAGGGCUCAUCUCUGACUCUGAACUGCAACUACCAAACCAGCUAUUCAGGGUUCCUUUUCUGGUAUGUCCAGUAUCUCCAUCAGGAACCUCAGCUCCUAUUGCAAAGCGCAACAGAAAACCAGAGAAUGGAGCAUCAAGGUUUUCACGCCACUCUUGUCAAGAAGGACAGCUCCUUCCACCUGCACAAAUCCUCACUGCAGUUAUCAGACUCAGCUGUGUACUACUGUGCUCUGGGAGACACAGUGAGAGGAACCACAGAGGGAGCUGAGCACAAACCCAGAGGAGACGCCAGAGCCCAGACCGUGACCCAGCCCGACGCGCAGGUCGCUGUGUCUGAAGGAGCCGCUGCGGAGCUGAGGUGCAGCUACUCCCAAGGGACGGCCCUUUAUCUCUUCUGGUACGUCCAGUACCCGGGCCAAGGCCCCCAGCUUCUCCUCAAGUACAUUUCAGGGGACGCCCGGGUUCCCGGCAUCAGAGGCUUUGAGGCUGAGUUUAAGAAGAGCGAGUCUUCCUUCCACCUGAGGAAAGCCUCAGUGCAGGGGAGCGACGCGGCCCGGUACUUCUGCGCAGUGACUGCCACAGCGCCUGGGCCUGCAGGGGGAGCCGGACACAAACCUCCGGAGAUGCUGGGGAGAAGAAACGCCUCCGAAAGACUUUGCAAGAGCAAAGAACCUGGAGCUCUUCCAGCAGAGGCGCCCAGGGACUUGCCGGGGCCGCAUGGGGCCGAUGCACUUUUAGUGGUUGGAUGGGGGAGGUGCCCAGGAGAGUUCUGAUUCGCACUCAGCAUUUUACUUUUCAGUAACUCCGAACAGAGGGCGAGCCUCCUCUUGUAGGCUUUUCUUGUACACUUUAUGUUUUCCCAAUUUGGAAAUUGUAAGCUAGUUUUCCUGGCUCCACUCUGUUACUGGUUAAUUUCUCUUCGUUUUAAGUGCUCCAUUUAAGAGAGACAAAGGAGGUUGAUUUCGAUGUUGAACAGCUUAACACAAUGGCGUGUGCAUGUAAUAAUUUUUUAGGGAUAUCAGAGAAACAAGAGUGAGUAAUCCAAAUUGCAAAUAGCUUUAGAGCUCUACUUAAGAGAGAGAAGAUGCGAAAUCUAGGUGCCAGAUUCCACUUACUUUAUUCAUAAAAAUAGAUGAAUUCUUUUGAAAUCUUGAAUUCUGCGAAUCCACAUCAGACAUCCUCACAAUUAGUGGGAUACUAAAAUUUGCUAAUUUCUCCCAAAAUGCUAUCAUUCUAUUUCCACAUGAUUUCACAGUUGGAAUUAAAAAUUGAUUCUUAUCUGUUUAGCAUUGCUAUAACUGAUGAUGUGCAAAAUUUAGCAAUGUGUGGUUCCUGAAGAUAUACUGAUUAAAUAUCGCAAUGAAAAUUUAAAAAUCAAAAGGUUUAUGAUAGAUGGAUGACUGUCUUCUGGCUAGAAGGAAAAAACUUUACAGGAAGACUUUGUAUCCUCAAGCGUCUGAAGUCUUGGUCAAUAAUGAAUUCAGACUUUGAGGGAAAAAAAAGAGGAGGAGGCGGAGGAUUGGACUUUUUAGUUGUGUCCUUCCUGAUGCUGCAUGAAUGAGAUUUGGGUUACAGGAAUCCAAGUAUAUGGAGAAUAAUAGUGGAUUUUGUCCAGUGUCCAGUGAUUUAUCUUAUCUAAAGGGGACACCAGUAGGGAUCAGCAUUAUUUUCUAAAUCAUAUUAGUAUGGCUACUUCUAAGAUAUUCAUUUGAGGGAUUUCUGGAAAUGGGAUAAGAUAUAUAAAAUUACUCAUAAGAACAUUACGCUAGGGGCCUGCGUUGUGGCAUAGCAGGUUAAGCUGCUGCCUAUGAUGCAGGCAUCCCUUUUGGAUGCUGGUUUGUGUCCUGGUUGCUCCACUUUCAAUCCAGCUCUCUGCUAAUGCACUUGGGAAAGCAGUGAAAGAUGGCCCGAGUCCUUGAGCCCCUGCCACCUAAGUUGGAGACCCGGAAGAAGCUGCUGGCUCCUGACUUCUGCUUGGUUCAAUGCAGGCAGUUGAGGCCAUUUGGGGAGUAAACCAGAGGAUGGAUGAUCUCUCUCUGUAACUCUGCCUUUCAAAUGAAUAAAUAAAAUCUUUUUUUUUUUAAAAAAAAGUUAUGCUUACUAAAUGUUUUUUAAAAUUAUGUUCACUAUCUUUUUGUGACUGAAUAUCUGUAAAUUUAAAAAAAUUAAGUAACAUACAAAUUGCACAUUUUUGUGUGUUGGGAUAUUUCGAUACAUGCAUACAUUAUAUAAUAUCUACUCAGGGUAAGCAUCUAUAUCUCCUUAAACAUUUGUCAUUUCUUCAUUGUGAAAACAUUUAAAAAUCCUUUCUUCUAGACUUUAUAUAUUAUCAUUAUGUUUACAUUAUCAUUAUCUAUAGUCACCUUAUUGUGCAACAGAACACCAUAACUUCUUACUCCCAUCUAACACUAACAGUACCCACUAAAUAAUCUUUUAACCAUUCCUCCUUUCCCCCCACUCUCCUCAGCCUCUGAGAACCACAAUUAUCCUCCAAUUUCUAUGAGCCUGUCUUUUUUUUUUUUUUUGGUAGACUCCACAUAUGACCAUGACAUACUUGUCAUUCUGUGAGAGGUUUAUUUCACAUAACAUAACGAAUAUCAAGUUCAAGGCAUGUUGUUGCAAACAGCAAGAUUUCAUUGUUUGCAUGGCUGAGUAGUACUCCAUAUUGACAUUUGGAUUGUUUCCAUUUCUUGGCUAUUUUGAUUCAGAUGUCCCUUUGACAGACUGAUUUCAUUUCCUUUGUACCCAGUAGUGGGAUUGCUGGAUUAUAUGGUAAAUCUAUUUUCAGUUUUCUGAGGAGCCUCCAUACUGUCUUCCAGAAUGGCUGUACUCAGUUACAUUUUCACCAACAUUGUAUCAGGGUUAUCUCUUCCCUACCUCCUCACCAGCACUAGUUGUGUUUUGUCAUUCUGAUGAUGAAGCUGGUAUCUUUAUGAGACUUAGCCAUAUAACUUAGUUCUACAUCCCAAAACAGCGGCACAUGGCUGCUUUAUGUAGUAUACAUGAGAAAGAGCAUUGCCUCUUUCCAUUCAAGACUAAAGUUUAGUAUUGAGAAACUAUGACUCCUGGCACCAAGGGCCUCAUGACCUGGGCAAACAUUCUCCAUCCUCAUAUCAGCAGCCCUGCCUGAAAUAUUGAAGCAGUUUUACUUAUAUUGUCAAAUAAGAAAAUUAAAGUGGACACCUUUG